CUGUGCUAAUGCUUAAAUAAUGGAAGAUACAACUUUAGACUUCUUUGGAAUACUCAAAGCAAAAGCAUGAAUAAGAAUCUGAAAAAUAAUCUUAAAUGUCAGAUUUGACACGAAGUCAUUUUCAAAGCACGCCCAAGAUCUUGUCCAGAGUGUUCACGAACAUGGUGUGAAGGAUGCAUUUUUCAGUGGCUCCAAAACAAUAAGAAAUGCCCAAACUGAAACAAAAGACUUACUACUAGUAACCUAGUAUUAAACUACAUGAUUGUUCCAAUUCUUGAGUUAGUUGAAAUAAAACAAGAAGCUGAAGAUAGCUGAAGCCAAUGCAAGAAGAGUCCUAUUUCAUUUUGAGUAGAGUGAGAGAAAUACAUUUGUAUGUCCUGUUUAUCUGUAGGCAUUCAUUCAGGUCAUAAAUUACUUACAAAAGUUAAAGGGCGGAAAUUAUAUCAAAAACUCAAACUCGACGAAAGCAUCAUACUUUGUGAAGUUUUACAGGAUGAGAAAAAGAGACGUAAAAAGUUUAUUGAGAAGUUUUACAAAAGUAUCCCUUAUGAUGAUAAAGAUCUGACAGAAAAAGUGAUCGCCGAAAUACGAACUUUUCUUGAAAACAUGAGAGAAAUCAAAGAAGAUCAGAUAACAAAAGAACUUUCAACUCUAGACAAAACCUACCAGAAGCUGAUGGAUGGGGAUACAAAGUGAAGUAAAGAGACUGACAAAUUAAUUAAUUCUUGAGACAAACUCUUUAGAGAAAGCCAAACUUCAGAGUUAUCGGAAGAAUAUUAUAAGUUCUUUGAUCGGCUGAAGAAAUUGUCUGGCAUAAGAUAUGUACUCGACCAAACUGAUGUUAAAAGAUUCUGAGUAUGACAGUCAACUGAAAAGUUCAUUCUCGAGGAUAAAAACACUCCUACUCUCUACCUCACCAUGCAAAAGUCUGCCGAAUGCAAGAUUGGCUUAUUUGUUGACUUUAAGUGUGAUUCAUGCAAGCCUGUGCUGCUGAGGAUCCGUCUCUUGGAUGAUAAGGAACAAGUCGUCGUAGAUUCGUUCAAACAGUGGCCCAAAGUGAAAACAAGUUCUUAUUACUCGGUGGUGAAUAAGGAUCUGAGGUAUCUUAAGUAUUUGCAGAAGAGGUUUAAAAGGCAGAGGAAGAUGGUUUUUCUGACUGAGGUUUAUGAAUUUGAUGACAAUGAUCCUGCUCAUCAGGUGAAGCAACAGUUGGUGGAAAAAAUCAGUAAAAUUAUUUACAGUAUGUAGUUUCAACAUUAAAAA